AUGAUGGAUCAAGAUGAGUUGGUAGAAGUAAAUCAUCCUGAUGCGUCACGUGACGCAAACGACGUUGACAGCAACCCACACAUGGAGGCUGCUGAGGAAGACAACGAGGAUGACUGGGGCCCCGCUUUUUUUGAGGAAGAAGAAGAGUGUGUGGAGCUUCUCUCACGUGUGCGGAAAGCCUUACUGGAUAACCAGAAGCAUCAAGAAGAAGGAAAAGAAAAAGAAAGUGAUGAAGAUGAGAAAGAGGGAUAUGAUAUAAUGCUUCCCACAGCUGCGGAGGACCCACAAGGAGUAGCAGCUGCAUUAGAGCGUUUCGAGCGUAUCGUAACACGUUAUCAGGAAAGUCCACAUCUCCUUCAUGGUUCACUUGAAAUAUUACUAGGACCUCUCGUGUCAAUGAUGCAAUUGUUACUUCCCACUGCUUCUGAUGUUUGGCGUAUGGAGAAGAGUAAAAAAGAUGUUGGUAAUGAAAAUAAUGACAAUAGUGACGCCGCAUAUGAAGAGUCUUGUCAUGUAUUAGGAAAGAAUUAUGACGAAUACGAUGCAGACGCUGCCAAGACGGCGAUUCACCACAUAAGUCGUGCUAUUUAUAUAGUUGUUAAGACAGCUGGUGAAAAGUGUUGUACAUCUUAUUUUUCUAAUGAUGUGAAAUUGUAUGAAGACGUAUUUUAUGCUUUACGUUGGUGGCAAGGGUGUGGGUCCCGUCGUCGUGAAUGGGAAGUCCGCUACUGUUUGCUUCUCUGGCUCUCAAACCUUGUGCUUGUUCCUUUUUCAUUAAGUAUUAUUGACUCUGUGGAUGGUGCUGGCUCUCUCUCGGACGCCGUGCUGCAGACGGCAAUGGUGUUUCUAAGUGACACAUCGAAAUGUCGAGAAGGGGCCGCAUUGCUGGUGGCGCGACUUCUCACGCGGCCUGAUGGUGAAGUACACCGUGUGCGUUUUUUUGAUUAUGCACAGAAAGCGAUUGCAGAUAAUAAUAGUAGUAGUUUACUACUACAUGGUGUUCUUAUUGCACUUGCCAAAACAUUAAAGUGUGGUCAACGUAGUGAAUUAGCACCCUACGCUGCCCAACUCAUUCCAAGUGUUGCUGGGGUGUUUGAGACGCGUAACAAUGAUGUACUCUUGUGUAAAGCAGCUGUGAAAGUUGUCCAACGACUGGCGCUUACAAUGUUGAAGAGCUGCUCUGCUCCGUGGAAAUAUCACCGUCACGUUGCUGCACUUGACAGAAAUUUGGCUGCUACUGUAACAGAUGGGAAUAAUGCCUCUGUUAGCAGGACUGAAGAGGAGAAUGAACAAAAAGAUAAUAAUAAUGAUAACGAGAAUAAUGAUAAUGAAAAUAAUAAUAAUGAUGAUGAUGAUUAUGUGAUUGAGAAUGAUGAGGGAUUGGAAGAUGCUAUUGGACUACUACUGGUUGGUAUAAGUCAUAGAGAUACGGUUGUACGCUGGAGUGCUUCCAAAGGUAUAGGACGUAUAUGUGAUCGACUUCCACGCUCUAUGUCUAAUGAGGUGAUAGAUGCUGUGUUGGAUGUAUUUUCCAAUGAGAACUCUGACAGUGGAUGGCACGGUGGCUUACUUACUGUAGCGGAGUUGUGUAGAAGGAGUAUUUUACAUCCACAACACUUAGCUAUAAUUAUGUCCUUUAUUACUAAAGGAUUGGUUUUUGAUUUAAUAAAGGGAACGUACAGUGUUGGUUCUCAUGUUCGUGAUGCUGCAUGCUACGCGUGUUGGUCUAUCGCCCGCGCCUAUGAUGCAUCUGAUAUUGAAGAACAUGUACAUAAACUCAGUACCAGCCUUGUUGUUACUUCACUAUUUGAUCGUGAAGUUCAUGUUCGUCGGGCAGCAGCUGCAGCAUUUCAGGAAUGUGUUGGACGCCUUGGGAACUUUCCAGAUGGUAUUCGUCUUGUCACGACGAUGGAUUUCUUUUCAUUGGCUUCACUUCAAAAUGCUUACUUGCGGGUUGCUCCAGUGGUGGCAGAAAAUGCCGCAUAUAGAGAACGAAUGUUGGAGGAACUUGUAGUGAAUAAAUUACUCCACUGGGAUCGUCGUGUACGUUGUUGUGCCGCACGGGCAUUGGGACUUCUCGCCACACAAGAAGUCUCUACAAUUAUGCGUGAGGUGAUGCCGGAACUCCUGCGGCGGGCAACAGACAACUCCAUUGCAACUCGUCAUGGUGCCAUACUUGCAAUUGCAGAACUUGUGGAUGCCCUAGAUGCCUCUGUAUGGCCAUCAGCACUCAUUGAUAGUAUUGCCGCAUUAACACCACGGGUGGAUGCGGCCCGUUUGUUUCGUUCACGCGGUGGUGAAUAUGUACGACAAGCGUGUUGUCGUCUUUUAGCGGCGGUUGCGCGACGACGACUGAAAUUACCAGAGAUGGUGGAAGUACCGAAAGUAACAGGUGGAGUGGUGCGGGCUAGAACACUAGGGAAGUUGCAGGAGUUCUUUGAAGACACAUGGAAACAGAUACUCGAAUGGUUGCAGUUUGAUGCGGUGGAGGCGUAUGAAGUGUUUGCCACUACAUAUUACACAGAGUUCACCGCACCCUUUCAUCAUAAGGUGUUGGAGAAGAUGUUGGAUGGAAGUAGUGAAGAUCGAAAUCCAAUGGAGCGACGCGGAAAUAUUCUCGCGAUGGGUGCACUGCCAUGGUGUAUUCUCUCCGCUGCCCCAAUGGAGGAAAAGGGAGAAUCAGCAUAUAUGAUGUUACUACUACGAGCUACAAUGAAGGCUACAGUACUCGAAAAGAGAAAGGAGGCGCAGGAUGCGGAGUCACGUCGCAACGCCGUGCGGUCUCUGCGGAAACUUUUACUGCGCAUUCCUGCAGGAACCUCAUAUCUUACACAAGAACUCUAUGAAGAGGUUCUUGAGCAUAUUCUUGAUGCUCUUGGCGACUAUGCUGCAGAUCGCCGUGGUGAUGUUGGCUCCUUUGUGCGUUUGGAAGCUAUUAACAGUUUGACACCUCUUGUGCAGUAUGGAUUAGAGUGUAAAUGUGCAGGUCCACAGGUGGGACAGCGUGUAGCAUGUGCAUUGCUUAAACAGUCAAUGGAGAAACUUGAUAGACUACGUGGACGUGCUGUUGUUGCUCUGCAGCAACUUGUUUCUAUUCCCGAAGCCCUUCCGGAUAACGCUGAUCAUUCAGAAAAUGAUAACAAACAUAUAAAUAAUUCUACAAAUAGUAAUGGUCAUAACAAGGGUGACAAUAAUGAUGAUGAUGAUGAUGAUGAUGAUGAAAAAGAAGGGAAGAAAAAAGGAGAAUCUGAUAUUGAACUUUUACGGCGUGUUCUCUCUGAAGAGGCAUCCCUAGAUUGGUCUUCACCACAGGUCGUUUUUACAAAACUCGCUUAUCCCCUCUUACAGACAGAAUUAUUUGCGCCAUGCGUUGCUGAAGGACUUGCCGUCUCGGCUGGGACACUCUCUGUACAUAUUAUGCGUCCAGCCGUAGAGGCUUUCCUCUCUGCUUUUCGCUCUUCACAGGAAGACCGUCUGCGUCUUUCACAAGUAUUGAUUGCAAUUGCAGCCAAGUACACCCAUAAUGAACGUGUUAUAGUGCCACUAUGUAGUACCAUUGAUACUCUUAUUAAUGCCAGUGUAUUUGACGAAGCACGACACAUGGAUGUAGUAGAAAUUUUACGUAAUGAGCUGAAGCACUUUUCUACGAAUAUUCUCGUUUUACUACCUCUUGUCGGUGUACUUGGUGGUCUUUGUCGAAGUAGUAUUCGCGAAGCACGUGAAGCGGCAUGGGGACUUAGUCUCGUCAUGCUUGCGAGUCGUUACCCGAAGGUGCGUGCCAAGAUGGCAACUGAUAUGUACACUUCUCUUUUAGUUCUCACUUCUUCUAUUUCUGAUGAGGCGGAGGAGUCUGAGACUCUCGCAGCUGAGAGAUGUGCGAGAGCCAUGCAUCACCUCACUGUGACUCAAUGGGAUGGUAGUGAGGCGGUGAAGGUCCGCAGUGCACGGGAUGAGUUGUAUGAUAUGUUGGGUAUCACCCGCCCCACUAAAGAGAUCGGGAAUAAUACAGUAGAAGAGAAAAAGAAAGCAAACCGCAUUGUAGCGGGUUCUUAUCUCUAUCUUGUACAGGAGGCAGGAUACUGA